AGCAUGAAGGACUUUUCUGCACAAAAUAUCUCAUUUACAGACUUCAAAUUAAAUGGUUUCUACAGCCUAGGAGAAUGGAGGCCUUUUUUAUUUAUCCCUUUAUUUCUGAUGUUUUUCUUGGCUAUAACAGCAAAUUCUAUUCUCAUAUAUUUAAUAACAAGCCAAAGGUCUCUGCAUUCUCCUAUGUAUGUACUAAUAGGUUUAAUGGGUGUUGUAGACUUGCUCUUGCCAAUCUUUUUUGUACCUAGCAUGCUUCUUAGCUUUUUAUUUAAUUGGAGUGGGAUAUCUUUAACAGGUUGUUUGAUACAAAUGUUUUGCCUUCAUUUUGUUGGAACAUUUCAAACUACUUUGCUUUUCUGGAUGGCACUGGAUCGUUACUUUGCAAUAUGCAAACCUCUUUACUAUCAUAAAUACAAGGAGAUCUCAAAUUUUCUAAAGUUUGUUUUUGCACCAUUAAUCAGAAAUGUACUCCUGAUUGUCACCAUUGUUUCUCUUGCUGGAAGACUGUCAUUCUGUGCAACAAAUGUGAUCGAUCACUGUUUUUGUGAGCACAUGGCAUUGGUUCAGUUAGCAUGUGGAGAUAUAUCUGUUAAUAAUAUUGUAGGACUGUUGACUGUUUUCCUUGUACCAACUGCUGAUUUUAUUCUCAUUAUUGCUUCCUAUGUUGUGAUUUUUACCUCUGUAUUCAAAUCUGGCAAAGCUCACACGAAGGCCUUAAACACCUGCAUUACUCAUUUAAUUGUCUUGUCAGUUGCUUUAACUUCUGCCUUGAUUGCAUUUUUGUCAUACAGAAUUAGAAACAACAUUUCCUCCAACAACCGCAUAGUUAUAAGCAUCAUGUACUUAUGUUUUCCAAGUUGUUUUAACCCAGUAAUCUAUGGAUGGAGAACAAAAGAAAUAAGACACACAUUUCUGAAGUUUAUAAGCAAAAAAGUCUUUACUUUUUGA